AUGGGAGAGCCAGGAAUAAUAAGAAAAUUAGAUGAGAAUGUUGUAAACCGAAUUGCUGCUGGGGAAAUAGUUCAAAGGCCUGCAAAUGCCUUGAAAGAAUUAAUUGAAAACAGCUUAGACGCUCGAGCUACAAAUAUAAUAAUUACAGUCAAAGCUGGGGGUCUCAAAUAUUUACAGAUACAAGACAAUGGCACUGGAAUCAGAAAUGACAAUUUAGAUAUAGUAUGUGAGAGAUUUACAACAUCUAAAUUGAGAGAAUAUGAGGAUUUGCAGGCUAUUAGUACCUAUGGCUUUAGAGGUGAAGCACUAGCCAGCAUUAGUCACAUAGCUCAUUUGACUAUACUUACAAAAACUGCAGAUGAUAAAUGUGCUUAUAAAGCAUCUUAUGAAAAUGGCAAAUUGAAAGGUCCAAUCAAAGCAUGUGCUGGUAACAAUGGGACUCAAAUAACAGUUGAAGAUCUAUUCUACAAUGUAAUUGCUCGCAAACGAGCCCUAAAGAGCCCUAAUGAGGAAUACACGCAUAUAAUGGAAGUAGUUGGUGGUUACGCGAUCCAUAAUAAUAAUGUAGGGUUUACAUUAAAGAAGUUUGGUGAAAAUACUGAUAUUAGUACACCAAUUAAAUCAUCUGUAGUUGAAAAUGUUAGAAUUAUACAUGGAAAUUCAAUAGCCCGCGAGUUGCUUGAAAUAGAACUGAAGGAUGCAACACUGAAGCUGUCUGUGCAUGGAUUCAUAACCAAUGUAAAUUAUUCUCAUAAGAAAGGAACAAUGCUAUUGUUUAUUAAUCAUAGAUUGGUUGAUUCACAAUCUAUUCGCAAAGCCGUCGACUCCGUGUACGCAACAUAUUUACCGAAAAACGCUCAUUCUUUUGUUUAUUUAAGUAUAGAAUUAGAUCCAAGAAAUGUAGAUGUGAAUGUGCAUCCGACUAAACAUGAAGUGCAGUUUUUGUAUGAGGAGCAAAUCAUUGACAAAAUCAAAACCACCAUAGAAAGCAAGUUGCUAAGUUGUAACUCAUCAAGGGUUAUGUAUACUCAGGCGCGACUCCCCGGAGCCACUAUGGUAGAAGAAAUAGUCAAGAAAACCACAGACGGAGCUAAAAUAUACGCUAAAGAUUUGGUAAGAGUCGAUUCAGACAUGCAAAAGAUAGACAGGUUCUUCCAAGCGGUCAACAAAUCCGCUAACACAUACAAAAUCGCCGCAAAUCAAGAUGAUAAAGUUAAUGAAAAUGAUUCAAUUAAUAGAAAUAAUGAAAUUAAUGAAUGUAAUGAAACUGAUAUAAUUAAAGAAAAUAAUGAAAAACAUAGCAGUAAUAAAGAAGAUAAAUUCAAAAAUGUAAGCUUUGAAAAGCUCCCAGACAUUGUGACGGAUGAAUUAAAUGAUUUAGAAAGUUCUUUAAUAUAUGAACCGAAUGAAAGAAAAUUGAGGGAUGAAAAACAUAAUUCGGUAGUAAUAGAUAACGCUAAUAUAUCCUACGUGGAUCCGAAGGAGUCUUUCAAAACGAGGACAUUUCAAUACGAGAGAGUAGAAACUAAGUUAACGAGUGUGAAGCAGUUACGAUUGGAUGUGGAGAAUAAAUGCAAUACGAAUUUACGUGAGAUUUUAGCGAAUUUAAUAUUUAUCGCGUGUAUUGACUCUGACCGAGCCCUCAUACAACACUCCACUAAAUUGUAUUUGUGUGAUACGAAGAAGUUAAUGGAGGAGCUAUUUUACGAAACAAUAUUAUAUGACUUCCAAAAUCUCGGCUUAAUUAAGUUGUCUAAUCUGCUGCCAUUAGAAGAGCUGUUCGUCCUUGGACUCAGUUCACAGGAAGAUGAAUGGAAUCCAGAGUUAGGAGAUAUGCACGAAAUGGCGAAACAAAUGACAAAAUUGUUGGUGAGCAAGAGCGCGAUGCUCUUGGAGUACUUCUCACUGCACAUGAGCGUCGCAGGCGAGCUGCUGGCGUUACCGCUAUUGUUAGACGGACACACGCCAUUUAUGGGAGCUCUACCGACGUACCUCGUGCGUCUCGUCACUGAAGUCAACUGGGAAUCUGAGAAGGAAUGUUUCGACACUUUCAGCAGACAGACCGCCAUAUUUUACUCUCAAACCAACCCCGAUACCUCAAACGAAGUGCUAAAAGGAGAAAUUUGGAAACAAGAACAUAUAAUAUUCCCUGCUAUUCGAAGAUAUUUUCUACCCCCCACCAGUUUUGUAAGUAACGGGGCGAUAUUACAAAUAGCUAGUCUUGGUGAUCUGUACAAAGUAUUUGAACGCUGU